AUGGUCAUGACUGCUGCCAGUGGGAAGGGAUUUCAUGCAACAACCGCACCAGUCAUGUCGCCAAAAUGGAUCUCCGCAGCCCAUAUCCAUAUCCCCGGAAGCCAGAUGAGGAGUGGGGCUCUUCUUUUGGGGUGGCAGCAUGGUGGUGGUUGUGGUGUUGGUUGUGGAGGUGGUAGUGGAUGUGGAGAUUUUGGAGGCGGAGGUGGUGGUGGUGGUGGUGGUGGUGAAGGUGGAGGUGGAGGUGGAGGUGGUGGAGGAGGUGGUGGUGGUGGUGGCGGAGGAUGA